CUGCGCACUGGUUGGUUCUUACAGACAUGAUGAAACUUCCCGCACGUCUUACAAGACCCACGCUGAUGUAAAGUGAGAGGAGACCCGCUGCUCCGCCCGCCGUCUGCAGCUCCCGCUGGAGGCUGCGGCCCAGCCGACCCGCCUGAUCCCCCAGCCUGCAAGACUCAACAAGUGACCUGCUGAGCCAACCCUACCAAGAAAUCUCUUCAGGGCGGCAGGCGGCACGGUAUGGAAAAAGGCAAAAGAACUGGCAAGCCUUUUCUCAGCUGUCUAUUCCAUAGGGCUGAUUCAGAGAGCCUGUAACUCCAUUGUACCAUGUGUGGGAUUUGGGCCCUCUUUGGCAGUGAUGACUGCCUUUCUGUUCAGUGUCUGAGUGCUAUGAAGAUUGCACACAGGGGUCCAGAUGCAUUUCGCUUUGAGAAUGUCAAUGGAUACACCAACUGCUGCUUUGGAUUUCACCGGUUGGCGGUGGUCGACCAGCUGUUUGGAAUGCAGCCAAUUCGACUGAAGAAAUAUCCUUAUUUGUGGCUCUGUUACAAUGGUGAAAUCUACAACCAUAAGAAGAUGCAACACCACUUUGAAUUUGAAUACCAGACCAAAGUGGAUGGUGAGAUAAUCCUUCAUCUUUAUGACAAAGGGGGAAUUGAGCAAACUAUUUGUAUGUUGGAUGGAGUAUUUGCAUUUAUUUUACUGGACACUGCCAAUAAGAAAGUGUUCCUGGGCAGAGAUACCUAUGGAGUCAGACCUUUGUUUAAAGGCAUGACAGAGGAUGGAUUUUUGGCUGUGUGUUCAGAAGCAAAAGGUCUUGUUAACUUGAAGCACUCCACAACACCUUUUUUGAAAGUGGAGCCUUUUCUUCCAGGACACUAUGAAGUUUUGGAUUUAAAGCCCAAUGGCAAAGUUGCAUCGGUGGAAAUGGUUAAAUAUCAUCACUGUAGAGAUGAGCCUCUGCAUGUCCUCUAUGACAGUGUGGAGAAACUGUUUCCAGGUUUUGAGAUGGAAACUGUUAAGAGCAACCUCCGGGUCCUUUUUGACAAUGCCAUUAAGAAACGUUUGAUGACGGACAGACGGAUUGGCUGCCUUUUAUCAGGGGGCUUAGAUUCCAGUUUGGUGGCUGCCACCCUUUUGAAGCACCUGAAAGAGGCCCAUGUACAAUACCCUCUGCAGACAUUUGCAAUUGGCAUGGAAGACAGUCCUGAUUUACUGGCUGCUAGAAAGGUGGCAAAUCACAUUGGGAGUGAACACCAUGAAGUUCUCUUUAACUCCGAGGAAGGCAUUCAGGUCCUGGAUGAAGUCAUAUUUUCUCUAGAAACUUAUGACAUUACAACAGUUCGUGCUUCAGUAGGUAUGUACUUAGUUUCCAAGUAUAUUCGGAAGAACACAGAUAGCGUGGUGAUUUUCUCUGGAGAAGGUUCAGAUGAACUUACUCAGGGUUACAUAUAUUUUCACAAGGCUCCUUCUCCUGAAAAGGCCGAGGAGGAGAGCGAGAGGCUUCUGAAGGAACUCUAUUUGUUUGAUGUUCUCCGUGCAGAUCGAACUACUGCUGCCCAUGGACUUGAACUGAGAGUUCCCUUUCUGGAUCAUCGAUUUUCUUCCUAUUACUUAUCUCUACCACCAGAUAUGAGAAUUCCCAAGAAUGGAAUAGAAAAACAUCUCCUGAGAGAGGCAUUUGAGGAAAGCAAUUUGAUACCUAAAGAGAUUCUCUGGCGACCCAAAGAAGCCUUCAGUGAUGGGAUAACCUCAGUUAAGAAUUCCUGGUUCAGGAUUUUACAGGAAUACAUUGAACAUCAGGUUGAUGAUGCAAUGAUGGCAGCUGCAGCCCAGAAAUUUCCCUUCAAUACUCCUAAAACUAAAGAAGGCUAUUACUACCGUCAAAUCUUUGAACGCCACUACCCAGGCCGGGCUGACUGGCUGACCCAUUAUUGGAUGCCCAGGUGGAUCAAUGCCACUGACCCUUCUGCCCGUACUCUGACCCAUUACAAGUCAGCUGCCAAAGCUUAGGCACUGUCCAAGCUAUAGAGUGAAAGUAAACGUUUCUUCUUGCUGUGAAGGGUAGGGACUUGGGGCCAAAAAGGGGAACAAUAAGCGUCAACUACCCAGGCUUGCUUGAGCAUAAAAAAAUAAAGUUAAAUCUGAUGUA